AUGAACUACGACAAGCUGAGCCGUGCACUGCGCUACUACUAUGACAAAAAUAUCAUGACCAAGGUGCACGGCAAGCGCUACGCAUACAAGUUCGACUUCCACGGCAUCGCUCAGGCACUACAGCCUCACCCAACCGAGUCUUCCAUGUACAAGUACCCCUCGGACCUAGCCUAUGUGCCUUCCUACCACACUCACCAGCAGAAGGUCAACUUUGUGUCUCCACACCCUCCUUCCAUGCCCGUCACCUCCUCCAACUUCUUUGGACCCACUGCUCCAUACUGGAGCUCACCUACUGCAGGCAUCUACCCCAAUCCAAAUGUCCCCCGCCAUCCUAACACCCACGUGCCAUCCCACCUGGGAAGUUACUAUUAAAAUCCUUCCUUUCUGACCAACCACCACCUUCUUUAACCCCCCUCUCCCCACAACAAAGCCCACACUUGCUGACCUGCGCUCCCAGUGAUGCCGAACCAGUGAAGGCUGAAUUGAUAAAGGCUUUUGUCUUUUGAAGAAAUUCCGCUC